AUGCAAACUUGCCCAAGUCAAGCCUUCGUACGCCAUUUCUACCAACCUCUCCGCUCCCCAAUUCCCACAUCCCGUCACCAUUUGCGCAAGCCCAAACUUCAUGUGAUGAUUUCCAAACCCCCUCUUUCCACGAGCCUCAUCCUGGCCGCAUGUAGCCCUUCGCGCGGCAUUGGACUGGCAGGCGCUCUGCCGUGGCCGCGGUUACCGAGCGACCUUCGCAACUUCAAGACCCUCACACUGGGCGCUGCCGUGCUCAUGGGCGCCGCCACGUACGAAUCUCUCCCGGAAGCCGUCCGUCCUCUGCCUGGGAGGCUCAACGUAGUGCUGUCGCGACGCUCCCGCCCGGAAUUGCUGGUGCCUGAUGACGUCCUCAUUGCGGGCUCCUUCGACGCAGCGGAAGAGCUCCUCAAGAGCAAGGGAGUGGAGAAUUGCUUUGUCAUUGGAGGGGAGAGCGUUUACCGCGAGGCAAUUAAAAUCCCAGCCUGGUCACAAAGGGUUUACUACACCGAAAUCGACAAAGAGUUCAAGGCAGACAGGUUCUUUCCGGUAGAUCUGGCCAAGGAGCCGGCAUUUAGUUUAUUGUCCGUAUCUGGGGAUAUCGAGGAGAGCGGCGUAAGGUACCGCAUCAAGGAGUACGUCAGGGUCUCGCCCGAUGACGAGCCGUCGUCAAGGGCUGUUGUAUGCCCACCACACGAGGAGGAGCAGUACCUGGACCUAGUGCGACACAUUCUGGAGCGUGGAGUAAGCAAGGGGGACCGUACCGGUGUGGGGACGAUAUCCGUGUUCGGCGCACAAAUGCGCUUCGAUUUGCGGCACUCGUUUCCGCUAUUGACGACGAAGCGGGUGUUUUGGCGCGCCGUGGCAGAGGAGUUGUUCUGGUUUAUCCAGGGAAGCACCGAUUCAAACAAGCUCGCCAAAAAGGGUGUGCAUAUAUGGGACGGGAACGGGUCGAGAGAGUUUCUGGAUACGCGCGGGUUUCCGGAGAGGGAGGUGGGCGACCUGGGUCCAGUGUAUGGGUUUCAAUGGCGGCACUUUGGGGCGGAAUACACAGAUAUGCACGCGGAUUAUGCAGGAAAGGGGAGAGAUCAGCUGAAGGAGGUGAUCGAUACAGUGAAGAACAACCCGAAUGAUCGGCGGAUCCUCCUGUCUGCGUGGAACCCCGUGGCGACCGACCAGAUGGCGCUACCACCAUGCCAUCUGCUGGCGCAGUUCUACGUUGCGAAUGGCGAGCUUUCAUGCCAGAUGUACCAGCGUAGUUGCGAUAUGGGCCUCGGCGUGCCGUUCAACAUUGCGAGCUACGCGCUGCUGACGUGCUUGAUUGCAAAAGUGACUGGUUUGAGGCCAGGGGACUUUGUACAUACGCUAGGGGAUGCCCAUGUCUAUAACAACCAUGUGGAGGCGCUGAGGGAACAGGUACAGAGGAAGCCCAGGCCGUUUCCACAACUGAGCAUUAGGGAGCGGGGGGAGAUUGAAGACUUUUCGUUCGAAGACUUGACACUUGAGGGGUACCGUCCGCACAAGAAGAUCGCGAUGAAGAUGGCGGUUUGA